CUGAGGCCUGCAGCCAUAAUGAAGCAACAAAGAGUUUGUCUCAUGCUGGACAGCUCCCAGCAUAUGUUCAGUUAGAAACCUGAAAGCUGUGGACCAAGACUUGUCUUCUGUUCAGGAUAAAGCUGAAGGCUGAGUUUAGUGGCUACUCUGAAUAUUCUCAACAAAGAUAGAAUUUCUGCCAAGAAACAGGCUUAGAGGAUGGAGCAGGAAGUGGCAAGACAGGAAGAAGAGAAAAAAGAAGGCUUGAUUGAGUUUUAUGAUUCCUUCAAGGAUAUGUUUGAGUUCUUCUGUAAGAACACAACAAUUCAUGGCACUAUCCGCCUGGUGUGCUCAGACAGCAAUAAGAUGAAAACAGCUUUUUGGACUCUGCUUUUACUUGCCAGCUUUGGCAUGUUAUACUGGCAAUUUGCGCUUAUGUUCAGCCAGUACUGGGCCUACCCUGUUGUCUUGACCAUGUCGAUGCAUUCAGAGCCCAAGAUGUUUCCAGCGAUCACUAUCUGCAAUCUGGACCCAUACAGAUUUGAACUGGUCAGUGAACAUUUAGUUCAACUGGAUCAAAUGGCAGAGGAAUCUAUUGCUUUUUUAUAUGGCAUCAACACAUCAGCCAGCUUAUUCCAUAUGAACGAGAAAAACAUCCAAGUAAAAGACACGUCAAGUAUAGGCAAUCUCAGCAGGUCCAGCUUCAAGCUGAGCCAAAACUUCUCACUCUUGAGAAUAUCUGACCACAGUAUUAGAGCAGUAAAGACCCAUUCCAAGGUGGGCUUCAGACUGUGCAAUGCCACAGGUGGAAAUUGCUUCUACAAGACCUACUCAUCUGGGAUGGAUGCAAUUCUUGAAUGGUACAGGUUUCACUAUAUGAAUAUCAUGUCCCAGCUGCCAGUUAUAAUCAACAUUUCUCAUCAUGAGGAGCAAAUAGAAGAUAUGGUCUAUUCCUGUCAGUAUGAUGGGGAGCCCUGCAGGCCCAGUGACUAUAUUCACUUUCACCACCCAGUCUUUGGAAGCUGCUACACUUUUAACAGCAAGGGGACAGACGCCUUUUGGACAGCAACAAAACCAGGAAUUCCUUACGGACUUUCCCUCAUCCUGAGAGCAGAGCAGAAGGAUCACAUCCCUCUCUUGUCUACAGUGGCCGGUGUGAAAGUGAUGAUACACAACCACAAUCAGACACCGUUCCUUGAGCAUGAAGGCUUUGACAUCAGACCAGGCAUUGCGACUACAAUAGGCAUUCAGCAGGAUGAGGUGAAUCGUCUGGGUGGCAAUUAUGGGAAAUGCACAACUAAUGGCAAUGAUGUGAACGUUAAACUUCUGUACAACAACUCCUACACCCUGCAGCUACCACUCUCCUAUGUCUUACUCUGCUUUCAGCACAUAAUGGUUAGAAAAUGUGGCUGUGGUUAUUACUACUACCCACUGCCUCCCAGUGCUGAAUACUGUAACUACAACAAGCAUCCUGCAUGGGGUCACUGCUUUUACCAGCUGUACAACAGGCUCAGGAAUCAUCACCUCAAUUGUUUUGACCAAUGUCCCAAGCCAUGUCGGGAAUCACUGUACAAAGUGUCUGCUGGGACAGCUAAAUGGCCGUCAGUGAAGUCUCAGGACUGGAUCCGCCAAGCUCUAAGACAUCAGAAUGGAUAUAACUCUACUAGCAACAGGAAGGAUAUUGCCAAGGUGACUAUCUUCUACCAGCAACUGAACUACCAGUCUGUGAACGAGUCUCCUUUGCUCUCAGAUAAUUUGCUUCUGUCCAGCAUGGGAAGCCAGUGGAGUCUAUGGUUUGGAUCCUCAGUGUUGUCUGUGGUUGAAAUGUUUGAGCUGCUCAUAGAUACGCUAGUCUUGUCUCUCCUCUUCUGCUACCAAAGGUUCAGGUCAAAGAAGACGUUAAAAGUAGCGCACACUCCUGCCGUCCCCACCGUGAGCUUGAUGUUAGAAAACUACCGAGCUGUGCAGGAGGAGGCUGGGAAAGGCUGUGGUUCUGCUCAGACUCAUGCUCCUGUAGUGACCAUUGCCAUGGACAACAACAGUGACCUGCAUCUUCACCUGCUCUCCAGCAAGGUGGAAAUGCCAGAGCUUUGCCCGGAUGUGGUGCUUAAAUGAUUUAGGUACAUGAAGAACAGCUCUUUGGAAGGGGAACUGAAUAGCUAAGAGUGGUGUGUGUGUCCACAGAGCAGUGGGAGACUUGACGGUCCCAGAAUGCAUCAGAAAGGUGAGGCCACAGGGGCUCAGGUGCCAUCAGAAAGGCCACAAACAGAAACGUGCUGUUUUCACAAUCUCUGAGCUCCUAAAUACCACAGUGCUGAGCUCGGGAAUCCUCCUUCAGCUAUUAUAAGCUCAUUAUUAAACCUACCUGUAUGCUCUGGAUUCAGGCAGAAUGCAGUGUUCUUUUGUUCUUAAUGAAUAUUUGUUGCAGGGAGGAGGGAGGGCUUUAGGAUAACUCUCUGGGGCAGUUAUCCAGUCCGCAUAAAAGUUUAUUCAUAGCUUCUAACUUUUAAACCCUUGUGAGGAAGUCAGCUUGUGGCUUCAAAUAGGCCCAUCUGCAUUUCACAAAUGUACUCGAGAAAAAGUCAGCCUGCUUGUAAACGGAAAGGUUUCCAGCUGAGGCUGCUGGGGUUCAUCCCAGUCAGAGUUGCCUUGAAUGCGAGGCUGGUUUGAUUGCAGCUUUGCUUCCAAGACACUUCUCUGCCCUCAACCUACUACUAUUACAUUUUAAGGAGAAUGCACAGAAUGCUUUUGCUGGGACGUUUUUAGAUUUAGCCCAGAUGGGCUAAAUGGGACUCACAUUCCUAGAGGAAAGGAGUUCAAGGAAAUGGGGUUGAUCGAUCUUUUUUUUCCUAUCAUUGUUGCUACCUGAGUUGUUUAGAAGAUUGAAACAAUGCUGCAUUUUUGUUGCAGCCUCUUUAUAAAUAUAGAGGAAUGUUUUAAUGUUAAUAUUUGACAGUAACUUAUGUGUACAUAAAAUAACAGAUUUA